CACUCCCACCACCCACGCUUACGACACAAUGGAGGACGAGGUCGCUGCUCUUGUCAUCGACAAUGGUUCCGGCAUGUGCAAGGCCGGCUUUGCCGGUGACGACGCCCCGCGCGCCAUCUUCCCGUCCAUCGUCGGACGGCCGCGCCACCAGGGUGUGAUGGUCGGCAUGGGCCAGAAGGACUCCUACGUCGGUGACGAGGCGCAGUCCAAGCGUGGUAUCCUGACGCUCAAGUACCCGAUCGAGCACGGCAUCGUGACCAACUGGGACGACAUGGAGAAGAUCUGGCACCACACCUUCUACAACGAGCUGCGUGUCGCGCCCGAGGAGCACCCGGUGCUGCUGACCGAGGCGCCGCUCAACCCCAAGGCGAACCGCGAGAAGAUGACGCAGAUCAUGUUCGAGACGUUCAACGCGCCGGCCUUCUACGUGGCCAUCCAGGCCGUGCUCUCGCUCUACGCCUCCGGCCGCACGACCGGUAUUGUGCUCGACUCCGGCGACGGUGUCACGCACACGGUGCCCAUCUACGAGGGCUACUCGCUCCCGCACGCCAUCCUGCGUCUCGACCUUGCCGGCCGUGACCUGACGGAGCACCUCGUCAAGAUCCUGAUGGAGCGCGGCUACCCCUUCACCACCACGGCCGAGCGCGAGAUUGUCCGUGACAUCAAGGAGAAGCUCUGCUACGUCGCGCUCGACUUCGAGCAGGAGAUGCAGACGGCCAGCCAGUCGAGCGCGCUCGAGAAGAGCUACGAGCUGCCCGACGGACAGGUCAUCACGAUUGGCAACGAGCGCUUCCGCGCCCCCGAGGCUCUCUUCCAGCCCUCGUUCCUCGGCCUCGAGGCGUCGGGCAUCCACGAGACGACGUACAACUCGAUCAUGAAGUGCGACCUGGACAUCCGCAAGGACCUGUACGGCAACAUCGUCAUGUCGGGCGGCACCACCAUGUACGCCGGCAUCUCGGACCGCAUGCAGAAGGAGAUCACGGCGCUCGCGCCGUCGUCGAUGAAGGUCAAGAUCGUGGCGCCGCCGGAGCGCAAGUACUCGGUCUGGAUCGGUGGCUCCAUCCUCGCGUCGCUGUCGACGUUCCAGCAGAUGUGGAUCAGCAAGCAGGAGUACGACGAGGCCGGCCCCUCGAUCGUGCACCGCAAGUGCUUCUAAAUGCACCAUGCCCCGCCGCCGCGUGCCUGCGCCGUGGCGCGAGUGCACGGGCAGCGCCAUGGCGGCAGGAUGAUGCCACGGUGCGCCGUCGCUGUCUGCCGGGCCAUCGCAGGCAGCGCCGUGUCGCGCUGCGAAGAGGAUGCGUCCGGCGGCGCCGUGGCGUGCCGGCGCAUCGCUUCUAGACUGC